AUGAUAUCAUCUUCACAACAAAAGAUUGACCAGCUCCUUGAAAGACGGGCAGCUGAAAUUAUAGAAAUUGAAAAUAAAUACCAAGAAUUACUGAAACACGAAUAUCUUGCCCGUUCAGUGGAGCUUAAGAGAUCUCCUCACUUUUGAAAAAGAGUCCUUAGGAAUCAUCAUACACUUUCAAAACUCUUUACCUCUGAAGAUUGAAACAUUUUGGAAUUUUUAGAUGAUUUAACAUUAGAUGAAUUUUCGUCGCGAAAUAAGGUAAAAACAUAUAAGUUGACCUUUGAUUUUAAGACAAACCCUUAUUUCAGCAAUAAUACUUUGUGGGCUGCUGUGAAUGAUGAUGAAGUGAAUUAUUAUUGCGCGUCAGGAAUUCAGUAUAAAGAAGGAUAUAAUAGAGAUAGCUUUGAUGAAGGGGAUGAAGAAGCGAAAAAAGACAGUUUUUUUAGGGUUUUUCAAGGUGUACAGGAACAGCCUUCUUUUUGAAACGAAGGCGGGUUUGUUUAUGAAGUAUUAAAUGGGAUAAGAAUUGACCUAUGGGAAGACCCUGUAAAAUUUUAUGAUAGCCCAGCAGAGUUUACUUCAAAUUCAUCAAGAUUAUUUGCCUAA